UUAGUGUCACCAAACACUACAUAGAGAAAUGAUAAGUUAGAUAAGCAUCCAAGCACUUGUAAGGAAAUAAAAUCGAAAGAUAAAAAGAAACCAUGCCACAACAGCUAUAAAUAGACCCACACCAUGAAGAUCCUCUUCCAUCAUCCAUCCUUCACACCCCUAGAGAGCAAAAACAUCGAAGCCAGGCAAGCAAUAGUCAACACAAAUCAAUCAUGAAGACCUUCCUCAUCCUUGCCCUCCUUACCGUGGUGGUAACCAUGGCCAACGCCACUGUGCAGCUUAACCCUACAAGUCAAUAUCGACCCGAACAACCAUUUUCGCAACCUCAACAACCAUUUCCGCAAUCGAAGCAACUGUUUCCACUGUUUCCGCAACCCCAACAACCGUUUCCGCUGUUUCCGCAACCCCAACAACCAUUUCCGCAACCCCAACAACCGUUUCCGCUGUUUCCACAACCCCAACAACCGUUUCCGCAACCCCAACAACCAUUCCCGCAACCCCAACAACCAUUUCCACUAUUUCCGCAACCCCAACAACCGUUUCCGCAACCCCAGCAACCAUUUCCGCAACCCCAACAACCGUUUCCGCUAUUUUCACAACCCCAACAACCGUUUCCACAACCGCAACAACCAUUUCCACAACCCCAACAACCAUUUCCGCAACCUCAACAACCCUUUCCUCAACCAGAACAACCAUUUCCGCAACCACAACAACCAUUCCCGCUGUUUCCCCAACCCCAACAACCAUUUCCGCUGUUUCCCCAACCACAAGAAUCAUUUCCACAACCGCAACAACCAUUUCCGCAACCCCAACAACCCUUUCCUCAACCGCAACAACCAUUUCCGCAGGAACAACAACAAUUUCCCGAGCAACAACAACCAUCCCUGCAACAACAACCGUCUUUCCAGCCAAUUCUACAACAAGAGUUGAACCAGUGCCGAGAGUUCCUCGUGCAGCAAUGCAAACCACUGGCAAUUGUCUCGAUCCUUCGGCCGUGGAUCUUUCAACAGAGGAACUGCCACGCGAUGCAGAAACAAUGUUGCCAGCAGCUGGCGCAGAUUCCCAAGCAGCUCCGGUAUCCUGCUAUACAUAGCGUGGUGCAGGCCAUCAUCAUGCAACAACAACAACAACAAUUCUUCCCACCUCAGCAGCAGCAGGUGGAUCAAGGCUUCUUCCAGCCUCAGCCACAACAGGUGGUCCAGAGCUUCAUCCAACCACAACAACUAGCUCAGUUCGAGGCGAUGAGGAAGUUUGCGCUCCAGACCCUGCCAACGAUGUGUAAUGUGCAGGUCCCGCCGUACUACCCCACCGUCCCGUCCAGCCGCGUCUUUCCCUUUUGAGAAGAAUACAAGAGCUCUAGUACUAGAUAGAUGGAUCACCGUUAUUUCAUCAAUGGACCGAUCGAUGUAACGGUGAAAAAUAAAGUGGCAUGUGCUAAGAUGUUUGACCCCCGGCCAGUACUAGUCUAAACCUGGUAAUAAAAGAUAAACAUAGUUCUUGUCCGCAUAA